AUGGCCUCGUCGUCUGAAGGACCAAAUCCGUUUCGUCCCUAUUACAUUCCGCCCUCCAUCGGCCUUACAAAAUCCUCAGCACCGCCAGCAUCCAGCCCCCUUGUGAGCAAGGCGAGUAUUAGAAAUUCCACGCGUGAUAUUUUCUCCGACUUCGACUACUCGGAAUACCUGGGCGAGACGUCGCCGACGAUAUCUCACUCCGUGAAAGAGCUAGUUGAAAAGGCGCUAUGGAGGUACACCAGCGUGUUGAUGGCGCAGCCAUUCGAGGUUGCAAAGACCAUUCUGCAGGUGUACGUUGAGCAGGACAUGCAAGCGGAGCUGGUGGGGAGAGAUGAGAGGCCGAGGAGGGAUCAAGGAUAUCGAGACAAUUACUAUGAGGAUGACUCCGCACCAUCAACGGAUGAUGAAAGCAGCUAUUUUACAUCAGAUACCCCUCUAACCCCUCCCACCGGAGCCUCCCGAAACCGCCGUUCGCGGCCUCGCAUUACGGACCGGCGUGGAUAUAUCCCUUCCACCUUUGCUUCCGCUAGUAAAAGUACGCUGAAGAUCAAGGAUUCCUCUUCUCUGUUUGACGUAUUGGGCCAGCUCUGGGGUACAAGUGGUCCAACUUCGCUGUGGAAAGCGUCGAAUUCAUCAUUCGUCUAUUCCCUCCUUCUUCCAACCCUCAAUACCUUCAUCCGAAGUCUGCUAUCCGCUAUCCUAGCUUUCCCAGACGAAGGCUUGUCCUCCCUUGCCGAGCCUGAUAUUCUCAUUUCCUCAUCGCCAGUCUCCUCUUUACUGCUCACCUGCAUUUCAUCCUCACUCUCCGCCAUCCUUCUCUCUCCCAUCGAUACCACACGUACAUACCUGAUCCUCACCCCGCUAUCCAAAGGCCCGCGAUCACUCCUCCGCGCCAUCCGCCUCCUCCCAACCCCCAACUUCCUGAUUCCACCACACCUCCUUCCAAUCACUAUUCUAUCAUCAACACUCCCAAAUUUCAUAACAAGCGCCACUCCACUCUUCCUCAAAUCCUACCUCUCCCUCGAUCCGGUUCUCAACCCCUCCUCAUGGAACGCUUUCAACUUUCUCGCAUCAGGCCUGGAACUGGCCGUCCGCUUCCCUCUGGAAACUGUCCUCCGCCGUGCCCAAAUCGCAACAUUCACAUCCCCUGCUCUGCGUCAGCAGUCCGGCCUCCAGCCCAGCACAGCCCAAAGGUCAUCCUCAACCUCAACAACAUCCCUUUUCCCCGGAACCCUGAAAUCAUCCUCACAACCCCCGGUCAUCGAAACAAUUGUCCCAACCCCACAAUCCUACCGCGGUAUAGUCGGCACAAUGUGGACAAUUGUCUACGAAGAAGGCACGAACCCGCACGCCCUCGAGGUUGAACAGGUCAUCGCACAGCACAAGGGACAUUCAUCGUCGUCCUCUGCUCGGGCAUCGUCAGCGCAGGAGACCGCGGCAAGUCGUCGGGCCCAGAAACGCAGGCAGGGACAGGGUAUGCAGGGGCUGUAUCGUGGUUGGCGGCUGGGAAUGUGGGCGCUUGUUGGGGUGUGGGGUUCUGGACUUUUGGGCAUGGCAUUGGAUGCUGGAGAUGAUGAAAUGGUAGAGAGUUCUGGGGGAGUUAGGAUGGCGUUGGAAUCUGCGAGUGGGAGGGCGGGCAGCGCAGCUACUAGAGGCGCAUUUUAA